AUGGGAAUGACCGCUUGCACACUUACUAUGACUGGGCUAAGAAUGGCGAAAUUUUUUUGUGCGCUGUCAUAUUGUCACUCAAAAAAUAUUCUUCAUCAUGCACUACAUUCUGUUGAAGGAAUACCUUCGACCAUUAUUGUACAAUUUUCAAAAAAGUCGACCAUUGAAUUUAAAGGGACUAAAACACCAAUGGUGGUCCAAAUGAAGAGAUUUGAGUUUACUGAUGAUUAUUAUAUCAAUCAGGAUGCGUAUGAGACCGCAUCACAAUCAAUACCUUUUCAAUAUGAAACGGAUUUACGAUAUCAUCAAAUUGGGAAUAAUAUAUAA